GUACAUGGGUGGAAGCGCCAAGAUGGUCCCACUUUUUCUAAAAAUACCUCUACUUCUCGCCCAUUGCGAACAGUGGGGAAAUAUGGCGCAUAUUUAACUGAAACUCCCAGGAGUUCCGCGAAACGCGAGCUGCUAGUCUUUUGUCUUUGAUUAAGAAUUGCUUUCUUUAUGAUGAACGCCGUGUGCUGAACACUACAGCGCGGUUUGAUGUACGCCGUUGGUCUUGUGCUUGUAUUCAAGCCUUUCGUAAGAGGAACGCGAGACUGCCUUCCUGUGUGGUUGUGAAGUUGAGUCUCAUCUGCGUAACCCUGCUGUUGAAAUAGACUCUCUGCUCAAUCGUUUGGAGAGAGUAACAACUCGUUUGGAGGAAUCCGUUGGAGUGGCAAGUGAAUCGCUGUUGAGACAGUCUGCUUCUCAGACCACAGUUACAGAACCAUCACGACUGCUUCCAUCACCAGAGCCAACUGGCAAGAUGAGUGUGGCAGCAUUUAGUGACAUCAUUCAGGGGCCACUGUCGCAGUACCUGCAGUUGUCGGCUAAACUUGGUGGUGACGUGACCACUCACUCAAGGCUUGUUGAGAAAGCCUUCCAGGCUCAGUCACAGUUCCUGAGUGUGGCGUCCCAAUCCAAGGCCCCCUCAAACCAGUCUGAUAUUAUGAAGCUGCUGGAGCCUACAUCAACUCAGAUAAUUGCAGUUAUGGAUUUCUUUGAGAAGAAUCGUGGGUCACCUCACUUCAACCAUUUAAAUGCAGUUAGUGCAAGCAUAUCGGCUCUCAGCUGGGUUACUGUGCCAUCUGUUCCAGCUCCUUAUGUGAAGGAGAUGAAUGACGCAGGACAAUUUUAUACUAACCGUGUACUGAAAGACUGGAAAGAAAAGGACAAGACCCACGUGGACUGGGUGAAGUCCUGGAUCCAGACGCUGACAGAACUCCAGCAAUUUGUAAAACAGUACCACACGACAGGAUUGGUUUGGGGUGGUAAAGGGGCUGCUGCAGUGCCCCCACCUCCACCAGGCCUCCCUCCACCCCCACCAGUUUUGCCAGUUGGUGAUAUUGCUCCAUCUGGGGACAGUACUGUGGACCGCUCUGCCCUUUUCAAAGAUAUAAAUAAGGGUGAAGCAGUUACAUCAACACUAAAGCACGUAACACCAGACAUGCAGACACAUAAGAAUACUACAUUGAGGACAGGCCCUGCUCCCUUUAAAGCACCAGUUGUUACAAACACCCACAGGCCUGUUAGCGCUCCCAAGGUGGCAGAUAAGCUGCCUUCACUUCAUAAAGAUGGGAAGAAGUGGAUUGUGGAGCACCAUCAAGGCAACCAUUCUCUAGUAAUUGAAGAUAAUGUAGAGAUGAACAAUGUGGUGUACAUGUUCAACUGUCAUGACUCAACACUCACUGUGAAGGGGAAGCUGAACUCUGUAUUCCUUGACUCGUGUCGUAAGUCAUCAGUUGUCUUUGACAACCUCGUCUCAUCAGUCGAGUUUGUCAACUGCCAGUCAGUGCAGAUGCAGGUGCUGGGUAAGGUACCAACAAUCUCUAUUGAUAAGACUGAUGGCUGUCAGAUGUACCUGAGCCCAGAAUCCUUGGAUGUAGAGAUUAUAUCGUCUAAGUCUUCUGAAAUGAAUGUCCUAGUGCCCAAAGGAAAUGGUGAUUAUGUGGAAUUUCCUAUUCCAGAACAGUUUAAGACUACUGUUAGCCCCAAAGGGUUGGUAACAGUAUCAGUUGAAAACAAGGGGUAAGGCGAGGAUGCGAUGAACGUCAGCCAGUUGACUGUCCUCGCCACGCAGAUGUCAUUUUCACUUCCAGUAUGCUACAUGACUUCAGGACACCUACAUGGCAAAUUCUUAGUAUCUUGUCCUUUUAUUAAUUUUGUACAGUUUCUUAAAACUGAAAUUGAAAUGAUUUUGUUCCAAUUUUUGGACAGUUAUUGAUUUAUGAUGCUGUCAAGGAAAUCAUCUCCAGUGGUCUGUUACCGCUUCAUAAGAUCAGCACAGGCUUGCACUCUGUGCUCCUUGUGAUCUUGCAUUAGAAUUCAUGGAACCCAC